CACUCCCACUGGGAGGAUAUGUGUAGCCGUUCUUUACAAUUGGAUUAGAUUUAGUUAAUGGAUGAUAUUGGACAUUUAAUCCAUAACACAUUCACUAACAUGGCGAGCACAUGUUAAGUUAUCCGUGUAAUAUACCUCUGCUUGUCUCUAUUUCUCUGUCACUAUCACACCCAGAUAUCACCAUGACCCAGAACUUAGUUCUCAACACCACCUGGGAGGGCUUGAGCCCUUCCAAUUCCUCAAGAUUGCUGGAAAACCCUUUGACCCACCAGAACAUCACCUAUGUUGACUUCUACCUCCACAAGCCCUCUGUGGCUGCGGUCUUCACCGUCUCCUACCUGCUCAUCUUCAUGGUGUGCAUGGUGGGCAACGGGGUGGUGUGUUUCACCGUGCUGCGCAGCAAGAACAUGCGCACGGUCACCAACCAGUUUAUCCUCAACCUCGCCAUCAGUGACCUGUUGGUUGGCAUCUUUUGCAUGCCAACCACACUGGUGGACAACAUCAUAACAGGAUGGCCAUUUGGUAGCGUAGUGUGUAAGCUAAGCGGUAUGGUUCAAGGGAUAUCCGUGUCAGCCUCUGUCUUCACUCUUGUGGCAAUAGCCGUUGACAGGUUCCGCUGCAUUGUCUACCCUUUCAAGCAAAAGCUGACGAUCCCUACCUCAAAGUUAAUUAUUGUCAUCAUAUGGGUCCUCGCUGUGUCCAUCAUGUGUCCCUCUGGGGUCAUGCUCCAGGUCACAAAGGAGCAGAGGGUGCGUAUAAUCCUUGGCAACAACGACAGCCGCUUCUUUUACUGGUGCCGGGAAAAUUGGCCCAAUCAGGAGAUGCGCAAAAUCUACACCACUGUUCUCUUUGUUAACAUCUACCUGGCUCCUCUCAGCCUUAUCGUCGUCAUGUACGCCCGCAUUGGCUUCACCCUCUCAAAGAGUGCCAUUUCUCAGGCGAGGGGCGGUGGAAGCAUGUUGGAAGAGGGCGGUGGAAGCGGUAAAUCCAGCACGGAGGGCCGUCAUACAAUUUCAAAGAAGAAGAAUCGGGUAAUAAUAAUGCUGCUGGUGGUGGCUCUGCUCUUCAUCUUAUCCUGGCUUCCGCUGUGGACGCUAAUGAUGCUGAGCGACUACGCCAGCCUGACAGAGCAUCAGUAUCGUGUCAUUAACAUCUAUGUGUAUCCCUUAGCUCACUGGUUGGCUUUCUUCAACAGCAGUAUCAACCCUAUCAUCUAUGGGUUCUUCAACCAGAACUUUCGCAGAGGCUUUCAGGCUGCCUUCAAAUUCCAGCUGUGCUCGGAGUGCAUUGGGUGCAAGAAUACCUACUCCCACCAGAUCCGAGGUAACGCUGUACUCCCAAUUCAGCCUGCUGUCCUCAGAAGAUCGGGCUCCGCGGUCAGACCAGAGUUAAUGGGGAAUGGGAAAAGCUCACGUCAGGAAAGAGGGAGCUUGGCCGCUAGAAGUCACAUCAAAGAACAGGACCUGAUCAUGGAGGACUUGGAAAAGGUGUCCCAGAUUUAGACCAACUGAAAAUGUGCAGCACAUGGACACUUUGAAAAAGAAUCUGAAGCUUCUGGGGAACCAUUCUUUUUAAAGGUCUUUAAACAGGCCUGAGAAAUAUUUGAUUUAACUCCAUGUAUACUUGUUUCAAGUAAAUUUACUUGCAAGCUGUGCAACAUUUGUUGUCAUGAAUCAAUUUAAAUAUUCAUAGUGAAUGUUUAGCAUGGUGAAUAAAUAAAGUCUUGAAUGCAUAAGCAACAUUCAAAGGGAAGGAACAUGAUUAUUAACAUGAUUAUUAUUUCACUUGUAAUUCUUCACAUGUCCGUGGUUGAUGUGGCAAUGGUUACCGUGGCAACAGCAAGUGCACUUUGCCAGCGACUUUGUCAGAAAUGCACCAGGAGAGCAGGAAGUGUAUCUGUAUCUGUUUGCAGUGCAGCCAAACAAAUUCACGUUGUUGUAACAAAGAUACUGUAUGUGUAUAUGCUUCACACAGGGUACAGUAAAGUUGGUUACCUUGCUGAGGAGUUGGAUACGCGCAGCUUGUUGCUUUGUUGUUUUGUCGUUACAUUUUUGAUGAACACAUUGUGUUUCCUGUGACUGCUCACAAUGAAAGUCACCCUGUUUUUUAGUUGAAUGAUUUUAAUUGGCUACGACGGCAGUAGGUGUCUUCAGAUUUCUGUCUUGAUUGCUUUGACUGCGUUUCUUUUUUUCCCGCCUACUGUUAACGUAUCCAACUGUGUUAAUCCUAUUAGAAACUACCUUAGCAGUGUGAUAAUCCUGUGAAAUGUAUUGAAUGCACAGUUCAAUCUUGCUGUUAUUUAGAUGAGCACUUUAUGUUACUCCUACUGCUGGACAUUUUCAGUGUUUCAGAACGUUUGAAGGCCUGGAAUUGCACACCUCUCAAAGGUGAUGUACUAGGCAGUGUGAUGAAAAUUGUGUCAGCUUUCUUAAGUAAAAGUGCAUUCUCUAGUGUCUCGAGGAAAUUGUGCUGGGCCGAUGGCUGUUACAAGCAGUGGCAGGGGAAGAGGAUCGCAGGCUCAUUUUUUUGUGCGGGGCAGUAUAUCAUUUGAACCUUUAAAGCAAUGCCAUGUCAAAGAGAAGGAAAUUCAUAAGCAUUUAAGCAUUACUAACAUAUUACCCUUUCUUGGUAUGACUCUGGAAAAGUAAAAAUGUGUAAUGUAGAGCCUCAACUUAAAACAGCAGAUACAACAAACUAUACACAAGGUGUGGAAAACAGUUAGAAAACCUUCAUGUCUCAAUCAACAAAAAUGUCAACAAUAUAUUAUGUUCUGUAAAGCAGUGGCUGUGAGCAGGCCUGGCUUUCUCACAUAAUGACCAUGUUAUUUUGCUAUUGCCGUACUGAUUUCAGGUGAUGUUUGUUGGUAAUUUGGUGCUGUUUCAAGAAUUUACAGCAGUGUUGUAAAAUUGAUGUUAUUAUCUGGACUGAUGGAUCUUGUUUGUGCCCUUUUUCCGCAUUUCAAACGUCCUUGUUACCCUCAACAUGUGAUUGAUCAGUGCUGAUACUGGACCAGGAUAACAUGUACAGUUAAUUGUGCAUACAUUUGAUUGAUAUUCAUUGUGAUUGUAAAAAUAUUAGUUUGAUGGAAAUUCUUGUGUUGAAGCUUUAAUGCGUAACCUUUUGAUAUUAAUAAACGUUUGUUACAUUCAAGCCAUUGACAAAAGAGUUGAUACAACGUUAAUUAAGACAACCAACUCCACACAACUCUCUCUGUAUUUCUCAAUGUGGUCAUGUUUAGAAGAUUGUGGCGUCCGGGGACUUUUGCAUGCAGAAACUAAAGCAAACAUAAUUACAUGUUCUGAAGAGUCCAUCAGGUUUUUUAAUCCUCCGUGUCCUCCUUGGUUACAAGCAACUGUGUGACAGAUGGGAGGGGGCCAUUUGCAAUUAUGGAAGGUUUGUGUCACGCGGAUGCAUCAACAGUGUUGUUAAUACUAAGAAUUCCUCAUGGCGGUGACAGAAACAACGCACUAGAGCUUUAACUCAUCAUCACUAUGGAAUCCUUUCAUUUUUGUGAAUGAUUUAAUAUUUUAUUAUUACAACAGUUUUUUUUGUUUUUUGGGUCAAUAUUUGGCAAGCUACAGUACAUGAUGGAAUGUGCCAAAAUCUUUUGUUUGUUUUUGACCACUAGUGGCACUAUGGAGUAAUGUUUUUAAAAAAAGUGUGUCCCUCUUUUGUUAUGUCAAGGACAUGCGUAUUGCAUGCGUAUUGUGUCACACAUGCCUGCUUUUGGUUUUCCAAUUUAUUAGAACGCAACGACACACAAAAAACUCCACCUUUAAGGCCUUUAAUGUGUUGCCAAAUCAUAAUGAUAAACAGCAGCACAUUUUUUCAAGUUCGGUAAUGUGUUGUUUAUGAAAGCACUCUCAAUGAUACUAUUAGCGGCAGCUAAAUAACCAGCCUCAAGAAAAG